ACGGUCGCCCGUGGAGACGGGCGGAGGGCGGAGGAGGGAGCGGCGGGCGGAUCAUUACACCCAGAAGACCAAAGCGAGCCAGACAGGAAGCAAGGCUGCUUAUGUAGACUCAAGAAUUUUGCUGAAGGGCACAGAACCUGAGGCCAAGCUGGAUCUCCUGACACCCAGCCUGGUGCUUUAAUCACUGAGGGCUCCUGCUUUACAUGCUAACUUCACCUUUUCACUGAAAAUGUCUGGCAAAACAGCAACCACGACCAACAACAUAGCCCAGGCCCGGAGGACUGUGCAGCAGUUAAGGAUAGAAGCCUCAAUAGAGAGAAUAAAGGUGUCCAAAGCCUCAGCAGACCUAAUGCUGUACUGUGAAGAACACGCCAAGAAAGACCCAUUGCUAAUGGGCAUCCCUGCCUCUGAGAACCCUUUCAAGGACAGGAGGACCUGCAUUUUGUUGUAGGAGAGCAGCAGCUCCUCCCCACCCCCUCCUGGGCCAAGCCAGCCACCAUGUAGGCAAAUGCUCUGUAAGGUACCAGCUCCUCAGGGGGGCAGAGCAGCUGUUCUGUUACCCAGCGUGUUUUUAACCAUUUCUUAAGCUUUCUGAAGCCUUCCUUCUGUCCCCUGGCUUUGUUAGGAAGCCAGGUUUCAAAACUGAAUUCACUUCUUUCUUCUCCAAGGGGGUCUGGUCUUCCAUGGGUCCCAUUUUCAUUUUUCAAGUGACACCGACGAGACCAAAGUUGCCUGACCAAGCAGAGGCAAAGGUGGAGGAACCUGCUUGAACAUCACUGGGUUUACUGGUUGUUUCUUCUAGUGUGCAGGGGGAGGGGUGUACCCGUGCUUGUGGGUUAAAAAAGUGCAUUAUCUUGCAAAAGCUGCCUUGAAAAAUGAUUGUAGCAACCACUGGGGACCUCCAGGGAGCCAUGCCUGUACCUGUCCUUAACUUGAUUCCUCUUGGCAGGAGUUUUUAAGUAUAAAACCUAAAGCCUCGAGAACCAGAGACCUGCAGGUUUAUACCCCUGCUUUUUAAGAUGAGUGAAGAAAGCAGAAUUUUCACCUCUGAUUCUGCUUUUUCAUAGAAUCAUAGAAUCAUAGAAUUGGCUGGGUUGUGUUAGUAUUAAAAAAAAAAAAAAAAAAAAAGACCAAACAACCCUGCUAAAAGAAUCAAAGUCUGCAACCUCAGGCUGCCCUGGUUGCUGAGCUGCAGGCCUGGCUCCCUCACUCCACCUCCCAGUUGCCUUUUCUGCAGGGAGUCAGCAUUUGGCUCAUUUUUAAAAAUUCAUUUUGAAAGGGGAAAAAAAAAUAUGCCAAAUUAUCUCCAGGUUGUGGUUAUGCAGCUAGGAUUGGAGGGCCUUUCUGUCAAGAAAGUGAUUUUAUAUAUAUUACAUAAUAAAAAAGCCUUUCUCUCUGUGUC